CCAGGGGUGGGUCUUAUAGUGAAUUGAAACUGAAACUCCAAGUUUUGCUGUUUUCCCUAGCCUUAGCUGCGAUACUCCUUGCUGAACAAGGCAAGGUACUCCUGAAACAAUGUCUGGGUUUGAAGGAUGGAGGGAAGGCAGCAGGUACAGGAAGGCUGCUGCCUCCAGUACCCCAUUUUCCUCUCGAGAUUACCUCUGCGAUGGCAACAGUACAAGAGAGGAAGCUGAAAACCCUCAGAAGCUGACAGCAUCUGAAGAAGAGAAAAGCGACCAAGAAUCAGCCUACCGACAACAGCAAGAGCAGUACGUCAACCCGUAUGUCUUGAUAACUCCAAAUGAAACCAGAAGAAACAAGUUGCAACAAAUUGCUAAGAAAGAGCUAGACGACCUGGAGAGGUGGAAAGAAGAGCACAGGCCAGGGCGAGUUAAGGUGGUUCCACAGAAACUGGGUGGAAUGGAAUCAGAGGCUCAAGCAAGGCAAAAACAGCAAAUGAUGCUCAUGCAAUCUAAAUAUCAGCAAAAGCACAAGAGAGAAGAAUACAUAAGAGCAAAAAAGGCAGCUGAAGAAGCUGAAAUCCUAAAAAUGAAAGCAAUUCAGAGAGAAAAGGCAGAGAGACUUGAAGUUAAAAAAAAGCAACAAGAAAUGCAAAGAAGAGAGAUGUUCUUUGAAGAUCAAUAUUACAAAACCAAUGAAUUAUUGAACAGAUUGGACUUGGGUUUGCCAAAGAGUGAUUCCUGUCAGAUUGCUGCUCGUGGCCCAGAAUCUACAGCAUGGACUAGGAGCCAUGCUUAUAAGCAAGCUCUUCGAGAGGAUGAAAACAGAAGAUUAGAGGAAAUGAAGCAAGAACAACGGAGGAAGACUGAAUUAAUGGAAUUUAAAAAAAAGCAGGAAGAGGAAGCCAGGACAAGAGCACAUCAAAACGAACAAAGGAGGGUAAAUAAUGCCUUCCUGGACCGACUCCAGAACAAAACACAACAUAAUUGCAACAGCCAACCUGGAUGUUCUGGGAGUCUGGACUACCUCAGUAACAGCGCCUGGGGGCCAAACUACUUAGAAUAAAGGAGGAGAAAGGGUAUUGGAGAAAUACUCACUUUUAUCUGGUCUUGGCCAAAUGACCUCGUAAAAGCUCUGAGAAAAUGCUCUUUUAUCAUGGUGAUUUUUUUUCCUUACCCUGACUUCAGCUUCACACCCACUUCAUGAGCAGUCUGCAGAGACUGGUUUCUAGCUGUCAUUAUUCACGCGUAUUUGAAGCAGCUGAUUAUGAAAGUCCUUUUUAAUUUUUUAUUAGUGAAUGUGUCAUUUUUUCAAUAAAUUGUUUUGCCUCUUGCAGAAUGUAAUUAUCUCAGUCUUUGGGAUCUCAGAAAAAGGAGAGAGUGGCUAUAGAAGCUGCAGUAAUAACUGUGUUUACUUUCUGCUGUGUACUAAGCCAAAAACAUCUCUGAGACUUGAACUUAAAAAGCAGGUAGCGGGUUUUCUUUUGGGAUGGGAAGGAGGGUGUUACUGGUUUGGGAUUUUUGGUUUGUUUUGGUGGGAAUUUUGUGGAAUUGUUUUAUUAUUGUAUUCGACAGCAGAUGCUCAAGAAGCAACAGAUGUGUGUAUUGUGGACAGGAUCUUUUAAAUAUAUUAGUGAAAAAUACAACACAAGAAAUAAAACUUGAAGUAAUAUUGAAAUUUAUUUGGUCUCCCCCACAUCUUUUGUGAUAUGAUAUACCAGUUUUUUGCUUUACUUGAUUUAAUUUGGUAAUUUCUGUUACAUGAGUGGAAAAAAAUACUGCAAGGUUAGCUUUAGUUUCUUCCUUUCUUUUUUUUUAAUCCUUCUAGUCUGAUGAAAUUUAAUUUCUAUCUCCCUGUUUCUGCAGAUGACGACAUUUUAAUGCUUUCCAAAAGUCAGAUGCAUGACCAAGAUAUUUCUAAUGGAAAAGAAUGGUCCACAGUGUGUUAGGUAAACCAUGCAGAAAAUAAAAAAGUAUCUGCAGCGUUUACAAGUACAUCUUAGGCGAAGGUAAAGGUUUCAUGAGGAGAUUUUUUUCAGUGUGCAGGCAUGUGACAAUAUUUUUCCAUCACCCUUGCAAUAUGGGAAUUUCCUAAUGGAUCACCUGAAGGUUUCUUCUGGCCCAUGGAUGUUAUGUUUGCUUUCUCCUCUGGCACUCUGCAGUUGCCCUUGGCUCUCUCUGAGUCAGAGAAUUACUCAAAUAUCUCAUACUACUAGCUAGCUGAUGUUAAUGGAAAAUGCUUGGUAAUGCUCUGUGUUUGAGCCUUUUUUCAAAGUAUCUGUCACUGGGAACAUUCCUUGGGAAGACACAAUGGCACUGUAUUGCAUAGGGUACUUGGCUGUGUUCUCAGACUGCUGCUUUGGAAAUUAAAUUCCCAUGUCCUUCCAAGAACUCCCUCACCCAGCCUCCUUCAGUAGAUAUCAGGGCUGGGGCUAAAUGUCUUCAGAGUGGGAUGUAUGUACAUGCAUGCACAUAUAUUUUAAAGGAGAUGUCUUUGCUUUAAUCAGAUCCUUGUAUUGUACUCUAAUCAAACUAAGACUUGUAGGUGAUCUUUCUGAAGCAGUGAACCUGCAGCCUCUCUGCACUUGACACACGAUACCUCUGCGCCCCACUGACAAACGCUGAGUGGGAGGAGAAGUCACUGUGGUCACUGACAAGUUAAAAUUUGAUGUGGUCAUAUUGCUGUGUUCCUAUAUCCAAAGAAAAAUGAGAACUUUUUGUUAAUAUGCUACUUUCACAUUCAGGAAUAGUGACAGCAAGUCACCUUGAGUAACCUCUUCCAUUAUGUUUGUCUACUUUCUUUUAGCUGUCUUCAAAGAUGAAACUUGAUCCCAAUCUUCAAAGUGCUUCCUCUUAUCCACAUUUCAAUCUCUUAUUUGAAAUGCUCUCUACAAACUAUUUCAGACAUUAACUAUUCCAGCCCUUUUUAAUGGUGAAGUAUCUGAAUUUUUCCUGUCCUAUCUUUCUGAACAUAACAAAAAAAAAAAAAAAAUCUAUAUGAACAGUGGCCCAGGAAAUGUCUUUGAGAGCCAUAGCCUGCAAUGGAGAUGAUAACAAGUUACAUGCAUCCACAAAUUGAUGUUAGCAGGAUGUCUGGAAAAUACUGUUCUUAUCAGUAAGCUUCCAGUAUCUCAGAAUUACCACUUCCCCACACACACAUCCUGCCAAAACUUUAACUGAAAGCAAAAGGACGUUAUGACAUCUCUUGAAAGUGGUUAUAAUGAAGUGAAUGGGCAAUAGACUGGGAAAAUGGCUUCAUGUCUGUUGAGAGUUAGGAACUGAUAGUUGGAGGUGUUUGCUAUCUACCUGUUAGAGUAAACCUUUGAUAAACGUUUUCAAAUCCAAAUAGGUUCUUCUAGUUAUAACUUCCACCAACAGAAUUAAUUAUCUAUUAUGAGGUGGCAUAAAACCAGAUUUUAUUACUAAAUAACAGUAAACAAAGAUAAAUUAUUUUGUUUUGAAAAUUGUUGUUGUCUCAAUAUAAUCUACACUGAUGAUCUCCUUCCUAUUUCAGAAACUAACCUUCCAACGGGGAGUGGUGUGGGGAUGGAAGUUACAAGAGGGAGCCUCUUUGCUUUUUCAUUGCUGAGAUAAAUUCAUUUUAGCAAACUGACUAAACUAUUAUGAUCAGCUACUCUGAAUUACGAUAUAACUUGACAGCAAGAUUCCUGUAUUUGGAUUUUAUGGUCUACCUAAAUUAGAAGCUACCUUCCUAUGAAGAAAUGCAAUGUUCAUUUAAGGACUUCCAGGACUGAUGCUCCAUUAUGUACCUAAAAGUUGUUCCAAUAGUUUAACUAUCCCUGCUUUUAAAAAUAUCCACCUGACUCCUAGUUCAAACUUGCCAAGUUUCAGGUAUCAUUUAUUCAAUAUUCUUAACCACUUCCCUGGUAAAUUAAAGAGUUUUGUGCUCAUGGGACUCUUUAUUUUAUUCAAUCUGCAUGUUUGGACAGCUUUAUUCACUUUGCAAUCCUUUCAGCAUUUAUUCUUAAAAAUAUCCCAGAUUUACAAAAGCCUUAGAUGCAAUAGGACUCUUCUUUUUGGUAUGUGCACCACUACUCAGAUCCUGUGGCAGAAUAUUCUUAGCUACUAGGAAGGGAGCUAAUCCAUGGCUUACAUUUUAUGGUACUCGUCCAUGUUCAGUUCAUGCCUCUGCUUCAAGAAAUCCAAAUCCCUGUCUCCCGUCUUGGACAAUAUCUUAACCAGCGGGCUUUUGGGUAGUUCUCAGCACUCAGGCUGUGAUGGCCCUUCUGCUUUAUGCAAAAGAAUAGAAACUCAUGUGAAGUGAGAAGGCACAUGGCUGUAUCUAGCCAAGUGCUGAAUGUUCCUGCUUGGCCCAUGCCUUGACCCUACUCCCCAUCGUAGUCUUCCCUAAGGGCUCCCUCACAUAGCACCCUCACUCCUUUACACACUUUCAAAUAUUUGUUUUCUCUAGUGCUGCUCUGGGAAUACGGGCUCUUUGUCAGAAAUCCCUUUUUCUUCCACCUUUCCCUAUUAGUCAUGCCCCCUUUCUUGUUAAAUCCCUCUACUACACCAGCUGCAUUGAAUCAGCUGCCUGUAAUCCAUGGAUUCUUUUUCAGCACUCUUCCUUAUCAACAGACUCUUUCUCUGCUGUAUCUCAUCAAUGAACAAAAGGACAAAAUACUAUUGCUAUGUGCUGCUUCACCUUUUUUAUUUCGCAAUCAUUUGUCUCUUCUGGGAGGCACAUGUGUUUUCCUGAGUCCUCUCUGCGUCCCUACUAAUCCCAUCCUUUCCCAUCUUGAUAUGGGGCAGCAUUAGGAAGAACAUUGCCCAUGGGUCAAGGGAGCUGAUCCUUCCCCUCUGCUCAGCACUGGGGAGACACAUCUGGAGUGCUGGGUCCAGUGUUCGGAUCCUCAGUACAAGAAAGACAUGGACAUGCUGGAGUGAAUUCAGCAAAGGGCCAAAAAGAUGAUGAAGGGACUGGAUCAUUUUUGACAUGAGGGCAGACUGACAGAGCUGGGACUGUUCAGCCAGGAGAAUAUAAAACUCAGAGGGAUCUUAUCCAUGUGGUAAAUAUUAGAAGAGAAAGAGUAAAGGGGAUGGAGCCAGGCUCUUCUUGGUGCCCAAUGACAGGACAAGAGGCAAUGGACACAAGUUAAAAUACAGAAAAUGCUGUCUAAACAAACAACCCCAUGUGUUGGUUGGUUGAUUGUUUUUGUUCGUUUGUUUGUUGUUGUUGGUUGGUUUUGGUUUUGUGUUGUUUUUACUGAGAGUGAUCAGGUUGCCCAGAGAGGCUGCUGAGUCCCCAUCCUUCAACAUAUUCAAACUGGACAGUUCUGAGCAACCUGCUGUAGGUGAUCCUGCUCGGAGCAAGGACUUUGUACUCGAUUAUCUCCAGAGGUGUCACUGAACCUCACCCACCCUGCAGUGAUCUCCUAAUCUGUCCAUAGCUAUUUUGAUCUUCUGCUAUCACUCUUCUUUCCUCAGCCUGCAUUUUCCACUUUCAGGGCACAAUUCAAGAAAGUGUUGUUUCAUCCUGCAGACAUAAACCAAAAUGUUUGUGUCCCAAUUAAUUUUAACUUCUUCCAGUCCUUUUUUUAGAUUUUAUACCUUGUUUACUGCUUUUUUUAAGUUAAUUUUUGAAUAAGUAGCUUAAAUCAUUAUCUCAAAUUAUUUCUUUUUGCCUAAAUCUUGCAGCUGAUCUUUUGCUUUCACCCUCCUUUCUUGUUAGCAACAGCCAGUCCUGGUCCUGCUGAGCUCUGCCCAUGGUGGAUCUCCUCCAGCUCUCUGCUUGCUCCCUUGGGCAGCUCUGGAUGGCUCUGCAGGACCUUGGGCACCAGCAUCAGUGCAUGAGGGGUCUGAAAUGCUCACUUCCCUCCCUCACCUGUGGAGGAGGAACAUGUAGGUGUCUCCUGAUAGCUGGAACAAAUGCCUUCUUUCAUUUGAGUCCCAGCAGUCAUGGGCAAGUGCUCGGCAGGUGCUGACACUGUUAGUAGAGGAGGAGCAUUUGCUGGGACCGGGUAGAAAUACAGGCUUGAAGAUGAGAGAGAAUUCACUUGACUUUCUUCAGUCUGUCAUUAAAGGCUUUCCAAAUUUCAAACCACUCUAGAGAUCUCAUCUGAACUCUCUUGAGUCUGCCUUCAUUGAAAAAGAGUGGGUUUUUUUUCUUGCCAACAUAAAUUCAUAUUUUAUUUCCCUGUUCCUAGCUGUUUGAUCUUUGCACCUAGUUCUUUAAUUACAAGAUGUCAAGCCCAGAUUUUCCUGCUGUCUGGACCUCUCUCUAGAAGCUAUCUUUUAUCUCUCAUUCUGUUAGUGGCAACCACGGCCUUUACCACUGAUUUCUUUAGCCUUCCCUCCCAGUCCAUGGACUCCCCUGAACUACAUUUGGGUAAGAAAACCCUACCAGAAAUGUUAUUUUUGAAAGAUCAAUCUGUUUAGUAUUUUAUUUUAAAAUCUCUCUAGUAAAUUUUCAAUUUGCUUACAUAGACUUUGGAGUAUGAAUAGUUCUUUUUUUUUUUUUUUUUAAUUAUAAAGUCUUAUGGCCUUAUAUAACUCUGCUAUUUUAACAAAUGAACAUAUUGUCAGACUAGUAAUCUCACCAAAAAUGCAGCUGAUUUAUCUUUAAAGUUUCAUCUUUCAUUAAACCAUGUUGUCUGGUAUUAAUUAUGCUGUUCACCCUUAAUUCUGUAUUGACCACAUCCAAUUUUGCCUUCCUGAGAUUUUGCCCUGGCUAAGCAUUAAAUUGAUAGACCUAUAGUUACAUUUUCAGCACAUCAUCCUUUUGAUAUAUUGAAAAAUUUGUUUCCUGUCUUCUCCGUUCAAUCUUUUGGACAGUCACUGUAUCUCAGAGGACUUACCCAGUAUCCUACUUUGAAAACAGCAGUUUGACAGUCUCAUCAGUCAAUACAUCUAUAGCCAAUGGCACAAGUUUUCUGCUUUGUUGAUAUUUGGUAACCCAUGGCUUUAGUAAAGGACUAAAAAAAUAUAUAUUUCCCUGUUCUAAGCUGGAAAUAGCCAUCUGUCUGUUUCCCCCAAAAUAAAUAAGAAUUUAUUUUAUUACCAGAAGUAAGGGUUUUGCGCUUUGCCUCCUCUUCGGCACAGUGUUUGUUAUUGAGUCAAUCUGUGGGGGUGGCAGACUUUCUAUGCUGGUGCUCCUUGUCUUACAUACUUUGGUCUCAGCCUGGAGUGGGGUUUUUCCCUGGAGGUAGGCACAUAGCAGCAGUAGUCUCCAAAAUGACCCUGGUCCCUUAGCAGGGGACAUACUCCAGUGCCAGCAAUUCCCAGACUCCUCUUGGGUUACAGCUGGUUCCAGAGGCUGUUUUCACAAGCCAUGGUACAUGACUAGUGACUGCUGGAGAAGCAGGGUAGCGCAUUUUUUGUAACCUUUAUUCUCACAGCAGAUAAACUUUUAGUAGCCGCCCUCCAUAUUUACUCCACCAAGCAAAAGGUUAAGUCUUGGAUUACAAAAGUGAAAACAAAGUUAUAAAAAGAGGAAAAUAAGAAAUGCAGUCUUAGUGUGCUCCUGAUACCAAAGCUGUAUCUAAUUGUCACUUCAAAGCUUUCAGUAAUACUGUGGCCCAGCAGCCAAGAGGAAGUCAGCCAGGUCCACUCUUCACUACCAUCCUCUCAGGUACAGCCAAAGGUUUUUCUGGUUUGUUCAAUUGCAUUUGUUCAACGCAAAGCCAAGAAAAGGCAUUUCUCACAUUUCCUCACUUUAAGGAAUCUACACUUUGCUCCUUAAUGUAGAGCACCCUGUGCUAUUUCAGUUUUGUUCUGCUUUUGUGGAGAGACUCUAUUGCUCUUGACUUUCUCUUAAAAAAAAAAAAAGAAGGUGCAAAAGGCCUAUUGGAAUGCUUGUAUCUUUAUUUGUAUUUGUUUUCUUGAUCUACACAACUGAAUUGCUUCCUCCCUCUUCAGGCUGUUGUAGCACAUCUUCAAGGUCAGCAAUUUCUACCACAGCAGAGCAGAGACUGGAGUCUUCAGUCCUAGAAACUGGACUCUGUUUUAUUCACAUACCUGAUCCAACCCCAUAUAAAUAAAGCAAAAAGACUUGCUGUCAUGAACUAAUCUAGACCUUUUACUGGAGGUUAAGGUAAGUGGAUUGCAACUGCAAAGCGGUAAUGUAUAGAUUCACCUAUUUUGUCCAGUAUCUUUCUGACCUGAAUAAAAUGGCAAAAAAAACGCCAAACCCCAAAUCCAAAAAACCCACAAAAACUCCAAACCCAGACCACAAAACCAAACCAAAAUGAAACAACAUUUUUUUUUUUAUAGAUAGAUAUAGAUAUAGAUAUCCAAUUUAUAGAAUUGGAUAGGCUGCUUUUUUUUUGUUUUGUUUUUUGGAUUAGCCUUUAUUUUACAUGACUUUUCAGAAGUUCUGCAGUACCUUGUCACAUUGGAUCAAUUCUAAUGAAUUCUCUGUUCUCUUGAACUUUUAUGUUUUCUAUAAGUGAGAUCAAAACUCAAAGUGCCGACUGCUUUACUCUUUAAAUCAAUGUGUCUCUUGGCUCUCCUUGGGAAAAAAAAAGACUGUAUGAAGCAGUGCUUCAUUCUGCUUUCUCUGUUUAAUCUGGGAAAUAGCAUUACUUGCUCUUUGUACCCUGGCAGUUUUCUCCAGCAGCAGGCAGUGGGAAAUACUAAAACUGAAACAGGUUAAACUGGUAGGAAAGAAACCCAACCAUAAAGAUAAAAUAAUUUAAUAAACUAAUUCAAUGUAAUUAUUGCCUUGCAAGCUGCAGCUCAUUUUGACUUCACGUCAAGCACUGGGGUCUCCUGCAGGUUAGCUCUCUGGUGUCACAAAACGGACAUGCGAAAUGAACAGCGUUUCCAGUUUGGGGGUGGUUAUGUGGGCUCAUGAUCAAGUACUGAAAAUGAAUGCUAUUGCAUUAACGUUUUGCAAAAUCUAUGAUUCAUAGAGGAUAUCUUUCUUACUGGUUCUGUUUUCAAUUUCACAUAGGUAACAGGAGUCUUUCUAGUGGUCUUUUAAUGUUGUGAGGCAGAAUAAACUGAAAAGGUAGGUGGAAUACAAAUAUGGAAGUGGUACAAAUAGAUCACAUAUCACGUUUGUAGUUUGCACGUGGAGAGGAGAAGGGAACGUUAAUUGGUCCUGCAGGAGCAGUUUAUUUUCUGCUCCAAGAAGCAUCUUUACUGAGGGAAGGAUUCAGUUUUGUGAACUGUCUGGAGAGCAGAUCUGUGGAGUAAUCUUAUAGGGGAUCAUUGACACCUAAGAUGAAUCAGCCUCUGAGGAUAUCUGUGUGUCUUUGCCGUCUGUGCAUAGAACAGAGAACACACAUGAUCACCAGAGACCCUCCCUAAUUUUUGAGUUACUUGAAUCCCAAGUGUAACAGCCUAAGCACCAAGAAAAAUUCUUUACUCACAGUAUAUUCCUAUAGUUGCAACUAUAGGGGUAAUCCUGGGGCCUUUUAAAAAAAUUGCUUUCACGAAUAAACAUAAGGUUUUCCACGAGGUUACAGUACUCCACACUUCAGUCUGUCAGUUAUCACAAAUCGGUCUUAAAGGCAAAUACAGGGAUCACAAUUUAAAGUGAAGGCCUCGGUACUCAUUGGUAUCUCUCAGCUGCAAUUUUAUGUUGAUAUUUGUGGCAGUCUAAGCUUAAGGGUUGCUGAAGUGUCAGCUGAGAUUAGAAGCCUAUUGUGUAAGCACACAGUGCUGUGCAUUCUGUUCACUGAGAGUCCCUGACCCCAAAAGGCCUUGUUUAAACAGGCAAGGCAGAGGGCAGGGGAAAAAGGAAUAUAAUAUAUGAACAGAGUGAUGGCUGGCAAACAAUAAAUACAUUUUUAAUUAUUUAAUUCUUCAGGAGUUCAUUAGAGAGUAUUAACUAAACAAAAGAAAUAAGGGAAGGUGAAGAGGAAUACGGGGUGGAAGAAGGGUGAGUUGUGUGGGGCAGAAAUGAGCAGAGGAGCCUGUAGCUGAAGUGAAACAGUUGUGAAGGAAGUAUGUGAGCAGGCAACCAGCUUAAAACCUUUUGUGGUCUCAGGAAGGUGGCAUCUUCCUUAGAACUGCCUUCCAUCAAGUCUAUGUGGCUCGAGGGGUAGAAAGAAAUUACUCUGGGGACAAAAUCCGUUGAGAGAAAUGGCUUAGGAUAUCACGGUUGUCCUAGAGCUGGAGGGGCAGCACUCAGUAGCUGUGGAGUGGGAUUACCAGGAGGGAGCUCUGACUAUGGCUGAUUGGCAUCUUUCUGUUUCUUCCCUUUCUGUGGCCUGCAGAGGGGCCUGUUUAUGGGCCUUCAUUCACAUUCCAGCUAGGAGGCACCUAGGCAGGGUCAGGCCUUGAGAAGAUGAUGCGUUAUGACUUUUUUGUUGCUAAAAACACUUUUCAUUUCUGAGGCACCUUGCUUCACUCAGCUGCUGUUUGUCAAGCAUCUGUUUGAAGGGGAUGACAUCGCACAUAAAUACCCAGUACCAGUACUGAGGUUUAUGUCACUUGAUACACUAUUUCAUCCUAGAGGCAGUAUAGGCCACAUAGGCCUCUAAGAUUCCUUGAAUCUGAAAGCAUUUUAACUAAAUAUGUAUGGUCAGAUCAUAAAGAGGGGUAAAUCAGCAUAGCUGCGGUGAAAUUGGGUCCUUUAAACAACACAUGAAUUACAGAUCUCGGUGCGAGCAAUCCUGAGCAGCUGAGUCUCGUGCAUUGUGAAGGAGCCUGCACAGCUGGCUCCGGGCAGGCUGGGGGGAUUUGCAGGCACCCCCUAUAGCAGAUUGGGCUGGCAACAGACUUAAUCCUGGGAAUCCUUUCAGCAAGCUGCAGCCUAUUGCUACCACACCUCUCUGUGCUUCCUAAACACACCAGCUGUGCAUCUGCUGCUGGUGCCAAUGCAGUGCGGCCAUGCACAUCCGUAAAGGAGAUGUUGGAGAUGCCUGGCAGGGUCAGCGAUAUGCCAAGUCACUGCCUGAUCUGAGUUACGGCUAAAGCUCACAGAUGAAGGCAGAGCCCGCUCACUCUGUUUAAUUGCGAAAGGACAUUAACUGCAGAGCUGCAAGGCCAAAUAUUUGGCUGUUAUGUUCAACCCUUCCACAUGUCAGGGAAAAAGGCCAGUAGGACUGCGUGCUAAUGGCUCCCAGUAGCAAUCAGUGAGUCUUUUCCUCGGACACUCACUUCCUAAUGGAUCAAUGAACUCUUUUCCUACUCUAAUAAAGUAUGGUUAGCCUGUCAAAGGUGGUCUUCUGUGCCAAAGCCUAGUCAAAUAGGUUCUACGAAGAUUUUGUUAAACAAUUUCCCCAAGCUCCCAGCAAAUGGUUGAUCAUUCGUUCACCAAAGGUUACAUUCUUCAAGUGCCAGUAAAAGUCUACCAUAAGCUUUUAUAAUGAACUUCGGUAUUGAGUAACCCUCAGUCCCACUUUCUCUGUUACCUGGCCUUGCACAUGUAUGGAUCAGACCCAGCCUGCUCUGGGGUGCCCAUGUCUGUUGCUAGGAAUAGAUCAUGCUGGAAUUUAUUAAUCUGCUUUGCUGAGCUCUGCCACCCUGGUCAGCACUGCAGCAUUAGUUGUGUUCACUUAGUUCUUCCACCUCUUAUUGACUGAUGAUUACAUCUGAGCAGCGGGGACUGGUGAGUCAUCAAAGGGUAUAAAUUCCAGGCUCUGUUUAAAUGUUAAAAAGGUGGUAAAUGCAUGAAAUAUGAACUGCUAAAAUCUCCUGCAGUUGGGAAAGCAGUAUGUUAUAAACAGAAUUUAUUUUCAAUAUAUUAAAAAUUUCUUGAGUAUUCCUCUGCUAUGAGGCACUGUGUUCUUAUUGUGCUGUAAUUAAAAUGAAUGCUUCAAAAAUGCCAUCCCCCAGGCUGACAAUAAUGACAGUGGAAACAGAUGAGGAAAAUAAAAGUUAAUGAAACUGGACCAGAGUUAAGAGAUGUCACAAAACUGACUUUAUUCCAUAUGUGCACAAGUUCCAUUUAGAAAUAUAUAAUAGUAAGCAUAUAAUUAUUAUUACAGUCAUAAAUUAAUCUUUACUGGCAGUGAAUGGUUCAUGAUUGGUUACUCAGAGUUUAGCACCAAGCAUACAGCUUGCCAAAACAUUUCAGCUCAGGAACAACAAUCUUCAAAAGAUGACAGUGACAAAUAAUCCCACACUUUUAGUCCAAAAGGUCUUUGGAUGCAGCUCUGUGAUCUUUUGAGGGGCACCUCAAGACAGCUUUCCUGUGGAAGCACAGGCCUGGGUGCCCCGCAGGGCUCCUCUCAUAGCGCAGGGGAGGCUGCACAUUCAAAUGUGCCCAUGGCAUUGGCAUCAAUUCUGUUGCCAGCCCGCUCUGCCAUCGGGGUGGCUGGAAGGCAUCUGAAUGUCUGGGAGCUGAGGAAGGCAGGGAGCACUGUGUGUGCCUGCCUGCUUUUUAAAAACAAACAAAAAAAAAAGGAGAGGGAGAAAAAACACAACAAAAAAGUGUGUUGAUUCACUCUUUGGCCAGGGAUUAACUUUCAGUAUUAAUUCUUAGUUUGAUCACCAGCACAAAGACCUAGCUGCCUUUGUUGUGGGGCUCUGAAAACAUGCACAAAUGCAGCAGAGUAAUGAAUGUUUAACCCAACCUGGCACAAAGAGCGAUUCUGUCUUAAAACUGUGAAAGACAGGCACUGGAUGUAUGACCAGGAAAACCUGUCUCAAAACAUCUUUGUCUUGGAGUAAAAGAACCAGCAGGGACCAAUACCAGAAGAGAUACAAAAAAUCAUGAAAAAACCCCAAACAAAACAAAAAAAAAACCCCAAACAUGAAACCACAUUUGACUAGUUAUAAGAUCAAGGUGUAAAACCACCUGAAAUAAUGAAAGUAGCAGAUUCUUAUGUUCUGUGAUCUCAAUAAAAUGCGUAUAAGAAACAAA